AACGCCCCAGCCGCGAAGCCAGAGACCGAAUCUCGCGCCAGCGCCGCGCCCGCAGUCGCGUCCCGGAAGUCGCGGCGGGAAGACGUGCGUCAUCAGAGAGCGCCACGUCCAAGCAGGAAGCGAUGGAGAUUUUAACAGGAGAUACCAUUACCACGUGCCUUUCUCCUUUAGUGCACGACUUGAUUUGUAACCUUGGCUUUGAACUCAGAGAAAAAUGUGAUAUCGAUAGCCUUGUCACUCAAAAUGGUGAAGUGCUCUGGAAAGCAAUCACAGACCGCGUGCGCUAUGCAGAAUCAGGGCAGAGUCUGGAUUACAGGGAAAGCGUGCGACUGCUGGGUCCUGUCUGUGAGGCCAUCCAUCUACACACCUUGUCUCUGACCAGGGCACAGUUUGAAAUGAAGUAUUCGCCAUGGUUCCAGUGGACAGCCUAUCCAGAGCUGUUUCUUCAAAUAUUUGAUGCCUUGGAAGGCCUGCACUCGGUUGCUAUCUCCCUCGGUGUGAUGAAACUGACCUCCUGUCUGGAGCGAGCCUUAGGUGAUGUGUUUUUACUGAUUGGAAAGGAGUGCCCCUUCCUUCUGAGAGAUCUCCUUGCAUCUGCAGAGCUUGCACAAGUCUUUGGGCGCGCUGUGAUGGACAUACUGAAAGUCUUCAUCGGGUCUCCCUGUGGACUUAACCUGAGGAACAUCCUGUGGCACGGCUUUGCUGCCCCUGAAGACAUCCCUCCAAAGUACUGUUCAGCUAUGCUCUUGUUGACAGCAGGACUGGGCCAGUUGCUGAAGAGCUACCUUCACCAAAGGAACGUCACAUUGGCACAUCGACCUUUUGUCACUCUUACAAACCUAGAGGACGUGAUUGUUUUUCCUGGUGUUACCUAUGAGGUGCUCUCAGCAGUAGAGAACGCCAUGAGGAACUCCGCCUUCGUAUUAAAAGCCAUGUUACCAUAUUGGGAACUGGCAGUGGCCAAGUUCAAGGUGCACAGGUUUGCUGACUGCAGCAUGCUGUUGCUGUCACAGCUAGAAGCUGGACUCAGGAGAGUUUUUGCUGCAGUUAACAAAUGCCCUGCUAGACUCCUCACAGCCGAGUCAACAAUUCUAUAUACCACAUUUGAUGAAAUCCUGGCAAAGCACUUGGAUGAUGGUAGCAUCAACCGGCUUCCUCAUUUCCUGGGAGAGCCUGCCAUGGAAUUCUUGUGGGAUCUCCUGAACUAUCAGGAGGGUCCUCGUAUCCGGGACCGUCUAAGCCAUGGGGAGAUCAACUUACGUGAAUUUCCGAAAGAAGCAGCGAGCCAUCUGCUCACGUUCUCCCUGGUGCUUCUGCUCAGGUUCACUGCGGAAGACACGUUGUCAGAGCUGAAGGAGGAAGCAGGAAUACAGUUGCUGGUUAGUCUAGCUGAAGGCUACAGAUCCCGCUGCCACCCAGCCUUCCAGCUCCAAAAACAGGUCCUGAGCUGUGAGGAAAGCCUCAGGAUGUGGGAUGUGCUGCCUUUGCCAGAAGAGCCUCGACAGGAAGCAGGCAGAUUAGAAGAUAAUUCUGAAGCACAUGCCUGCAACUCCUUAAUUAGCAAGAUUCUGUGUGAGCUCUGCCGCCAUGUGCCUGGGAGUAUCUGUGCUGUAGGUGGCUCGGAUGGUCUUCUCCCCGAGAGGUGGCCCCAGCUGCUCCAGGAGCUCUGCAGCACGCGCAUUCCUACCCUCUUCUGCCCCAGGCUCGUCCUAGAAGUUGUGGUUGUGCUCCGAGGCAUCAGCUCCCAAUGCCAGCGUGUGUCUGCCCAGGUCAUUGCCUCUUUGCAGCUGAGACACAGGCAGUGGGUGGAGCGCAGGCUGCGCUCGAGGCAGCGUCAGAACUAUCUGCGCAUGCUUAACAGUGUUAGACUUCUGUCUGCUGGGCUUUACCUGGUUUUGUUGCUCCUUGCGCUGGAGUUGGUCAGCGUUCAUGCUGUCCUUGGUAAAAGCACUCCGGAGCGUCAGCACUAUCUCAGGUUCUUAAAGUUGAUUCUGCAGUACACCGAGAACCUCGCGGCCUAUACUAACCAAGAGAAGAACAAAUGGAACGAAGCCAUCAGUCUUACACAUGCAGUUCUGUUGAGAAUUUGGACUUUCAGUGAGAAGAAACAAAUGUUAAUGCAUUUAGCCAAAAACUCCACAAAUCAAGUUGACACAAGUUGACAAAGAAAACAAAAGUCAGGCUCCUUAUGGUCAUAAGAGAAAACUCAAGUGGAUUUAACAGCAGUUGAGUUGGGUAGCAUCCAAAGGUGGGAUGGGUUCUGUGGUCACUCUGGUCGUGAACCAGGAAUGCUGGUAUUCUAGGGGAUAAUGGGGCAUUCCAUGGCGUGAAGAAAUAGUUGACUGUCUAGGAGAGACAGAAGACCCAGACAUGAGAGAGGGAAAGCAACAGCUUUACUGAAGGAAGGGCUGAGGGGACCCACUGCAGUGGGUAUUUUAAUAGCCCCCCAUCCCCGUCCUCACCUUUCCCUUAGUGGUUCUGUUGAGAGUCUUCCCUCUGCCUGAUGUCUCUUUGCACAGUGUCUCCUGGAAACAAGAAGACGCCAUCCAAGAGAGGCUGCUUUUGCUUUCCCUGUCUACCUUUGUCCCUUUAAUUCUCCCUCAGGGCUCAGGCUGUCCUUUCUCCGAAGCCUUCUGGUUUGGUGUCAUUGUGACCCCUAAGCUAGUCUUAAUGCCUGCAGCAGGUUUGGGUUUUCAUGGCCUCGUGCUGCACAUUGGAGGAUGUGGUCACUGCUUCCCUAGUUGCCCAGAAGCACAUGGCUUCACGUGUCUUGUUAAUCAUGUGCUCAUUUUAGAAGCUAUCCUGUAGCUAGAGUCUACUCAUACAGACAGUGGGGGUGGGCUAGUUACAGUUACUCCUGGGAGCAGGAUCGUGGUCAUCUGUGCUCAUUUCAUGGGUGACUAAUAAGUACUAGGAACCUGUGAAGGUGGAGGUCACAGAGGUGGGUGAUGGACCCCAGGUUCCCCAGUGAGCAUU